CAAACAGCAACCGACGGGAACUACGCGAGAACGAAAUUGAGCAUGUCAACGGCAGCGAACACGAAGGAUGGCAUCAGCAUACGCGUCAUGGCCGAGAAGGACUAUUCUAGGGUGAAAUUAUUCAUGCAGGAACAGUUCUUUACCGAUGAACCCCUGAGCCGUUCCACCGGAGAACAAGUGCAUCUUCAAAAUGAGAAAGAAUCCGACGAGUAUCAUCUAUCCAUGAUCAGAGAGGGCACCUGCCUGAUUGCCACCGACGAGAACCAAGGUGGGAGCAUUGUGGGCUAUGUCCUGGCCGGCCCUCAGUACCCCGAGGACAUGGAGAAGCAUCGGAAGGAGGCUGCGGGAAUGGAGCAGCAUACUUGGGGACGAAUAUGCCGCCUUCUCUCAAAAAUCGAGCUCGAGGCGAACCUGUUUGAGCGCUAUGGCAUCUCCAAGGCGCUCUACUCCCACAUGACCAGUGUGGGUGCCUUGAUGAGGGGGAAGGGCUUGGGCUCCCGCCUGGCUGCCACUCUGAUGGAUGUAGGUCGGGCGAAGGGCUACCCCCUGAUGGUAGCCUACUGCACGAGCUACUACUCCGCCCGACAGAAGGAAGCACUGGGCAUGGAGUGCAUCCAUUCUCUGUGCUAUGCGGACUACAAGGACGAUCAGGGACGAGUGAUCUUCACACCUGCAGCACCCCAUACGCAUGCCCGGAUCAUGGUCAUCAAACUGUGAGGCGAUCAAGCCUUAAAAGCAAUAAUCUGUAACGACAAAGACAGCAAAUUGUUAUAUUUUUUAUGAUAACAAAGUUAGCCCGAUAUAAAUAAGUGUUCUUGCUUACUCA